CUUCGUACCUCUUGAAAUAAACCUCUCUGUUCUAAGAACAUGAAGUCUGCGACACUUGGCCACUUUCCCUGAAAGGUUAGAGCCAGUGGGUGAAAUCCCCACCAUGUCCCUCUCCUCUGUCCCUGCUCGACUCACCCUUCUCGCCCUUCUCUCUGCCUCCUCAUUCUAUUGCUUCUACAAGUCUCGCCGCCUCAGACAACUCAAAUUCUCCUUAAACCCUAUCCCUUAUACUAACCCUAAUCUCUCUCAUUCGAAAGCCAAGAUCUUCUUUGUUUCACAAACUGGUACCUCGGAAGCCCUAGCUCGCCGUCUCUUCGAUCUUUUAUCGUCGAACAGUCUGUCGUUCGACCUUGUCGAUCCCAAGGACUACGAGCCUGAGGACCUCCCGAAAGAAUCACUUGUUUUAAUCAUCGCUUCCACCUGGGAAGAUGGCAAGCCCCCUCCAAAUGCCAAGUUCUUCUCAAGUUGGCUCUCCGAGAGCGCAGAGGACUUUAGGGUCGGGUCUCUGUUGCUGUCUCGGUGUAAAUUCGCGGUCUUCGGAGUGGGAAGCGGUGCUUACGGCGCUACAUUCAAUGCGGUUGCGAGGGACUAUUCGAAGCAGAUGAGAGCGUUGGGUGCCAACGAGAUUUUGCCAGUCUGGGAAGGGGAUGUGGAUAACGGUGAUUUUGAUGAGGUAUUUGAGGCCUGGAGUGCUAAAGUGGUUGGGCUUUUGAAGGUUGGCGUCUUAGAUAAUGGUGCAGUUUUGCGUUCUGAGACUGAGGCCUUAGCUGGUGGGGUGAGUGAUGCUGAGAGUUUUGGUAGCUCGGAUGAGGAUGAGGAUCGGGAAGGCAGCGCGGAGAUUGUUGAUCUGGAGGAUAUUGCGGGAAAAGGGCCAUCGAGGAAGUCGACGGUAAUGGCUGAAAGUAACGGGAAAUUGAAUGGGAAAAAAGAGAUGGUGACUCCGGUGAUUAGGGCGAGCUUAGAGAAGCAGGGAUAUAAAAUUAUUGGUUCACAUAGCGGUGUGAAAAUUUGUAGAUGGACCAAAUCACAGCUUAGAGGCCGGGGAGGUUGCUACAAGCACUCAUUUUAUGGAAUUGAGAGUCAUAGGUGUAUGGAGGCAACCCCUAGUUUGGCAUGUGCCAAUAAAUGUGUUUUCUGUUGGAGACAUCAUACAAAUCCUGUUGGAAAGAGUUGGCAGUGGAAGAUGGACGAUCCGCUAGAGAUUGUGAAUACUGCCAUAGACCUACAUACAAAUAUGAUUAAGCAAAUGAAAGGAGUACCUGGUGUUAAAUUGGAGCGAUUAAUGGAGGGUCUCGCACCUAGGCAUUGUGCCCUAUCUCUUGUUGGUGAACCAAUUAUGUAUCCAGAGAUUAAUACAUUAGUGGAUGAGCUGCACCGGCGGCGGAUAUCUACUUUUCUAGUUACAAAUGCACAGUUUCCUGAAAAGAUUGAAGCACUUAAGCCUGUUACCCAGUUAUACGUGAGUGUAGACGCUGGAACAAAGGAGAGCUUGAAGGCAAUUGAUAGGCCACUCUUUGGAGACUUUUGGGAGCGAUUCAUUGAUUCCUUAAAAGCUCUCAAGGAGAAACAACAGCGAACUGUAUACCGGCUCACUCUGGUGAAAGGCUGGAAUAUCGAAGAUAUAGAUGCUUAUUCUAAUCUCUUUAGUAUUGGAAAACCUGAUUUUGUUGAAAUAAAAGGCGUUACAUAUUGUGGAUCGUCUGCUACAUCAAAGUUGACAAUGGAAAAUGUCCCAUGGCAUUCUGAUGUGAAAGCUUUUUCUGAAACCUUAGCUCUAAGAAGCCAAGGGGAGUAUGAGGUUGCAUGUGAACAUGUCCACUCCUGCUGUGUCCUCCUGGCAAACACUGAGAAGUUUAAGGUCAACGGCAAGUGGUUCACGUGGAUAGAUUAUGAAAAGUUCCAUGACUUGGUGGCUUCUGGAAAACCUUUUGACAGCAUGGAUUACAUGGCUGCCACACCAUCCUGGGCUGUCUAUGGAGCAGAGGAAGGUGGAUUUGAUCCGGAUCAGUCUCGAUAUAAGAAGGAGCGACAUCACAAAUCGGGCCGCUGAAUGACCAGGUUACAUACACAAACUAGUAUUGAGUUGACAGAAUUUUGUUCUCCAAAUAUAUCAAUCAAUAGGUUAUAUUUUGGUGCACUCCAUGGCUAAUUGGCUAUGGAUAAGAUCCCAAAAUCCAGAUUAGUAGGAUAUUUUGUUGCUGUUGAAUUAUAUUUUAUGUUUCUCCCGUUUUCCAUAUAUUUCUUAAGAACAAAACUUAAUUUUGAGUGCAUAGCGUUUUGUCAAGGUUUUAUUUUACAAUUGCUUUGUUAGAGAAGCUAGACACUUAGCGCUCCACCUGUAUCUGAAUUUAAUUUAAAUAAAUUCAGGGAAAAUAUUAUAGUU